GCCCCCAGGUACCGGUGGGCCCUAGGCCAAUGGCCUAUUGAAACGGCCAUGACAGCAGUGGCGGGCACACUCCUGCGCUCUCUGGGUGUUGUAUCUCAGAGCAUCUCUCAAACAGCCCCAGCAGCUCUUCGAGGAGUAUCUCAGAGUUUGUUGAACAGAGGAACUUGGAGCACACCAGCCUGGACCCCUCUUGUUACCACUGUCAGACACAGAUAUUAUGCGGACAAGCUGGAGAAGGGCCCUCUGAAGAGGCACUAUGGUUACAAGGAAAAACUUCACACCAAGGGAAUGUUGCCGCACAUGGUUCACGGCCAGCGAUUACCCGUACCACUUUUCCGCCCCAAAAAUAAUUGGUCUGAAAGGAAGGCAUUGUUUGGUCAGAAUGAUUAUAUAG